AUGACUUUAACUGAAGUUAUUUUGGAACCGCAUUGCACUGAACACUCAAUUAGAGUUGGAAGUGAGACUUUAUUCAUUCAGGCUUUGGGGGCAGGAUGUGAAGUUGGCCGUUCUUGUGUAGUAGUAACAUUUAAAGGCCGUUCUGUCAUGUUUGACUGUGGGAUUCAUCCAGCUUUCUCUGGUAUUGGUUCCUUACCAGUGUUUGAUGCUGUAGAUAUUAGUUCAAUUGACUUAUGUCUAGUAACACAUUUUCAUUUGGAUCAUUCGGGUGCAAUUCCAUAUUUUGUAAGUAGUACAGAUUUUAAUGGUCGUAUUUUCAUGACAGAACCAACAAAGGCUAUUUGUAAACUAGUAUGGCAGGAUUAUGCUCGUAUGAAUCGUUUUUCAACAAAUUCUCCUGUUCCUGUUGAUUCAGAUGAGGCCCCAGUAUCCUGUGUAAAUUUAUAUACUGAACCUGAUAUAGAAAAAGCUAUGAAGCGGAUUGAAAUCAUUGACUUUAGACAGCAAGCUGAAAUAGAUGGAGUAAGAAUUUCAUGUUAUGGAGCUGGACAUGUUUUAGGUGCUUGUAUGUUUCUUGUUGAGAUAGGAGGGGUUAGGAUUUUAUAUACUGGAGAUUAUAGCCGUGAAGAUGAUCGUCAUGUACCACGUGCAGAGAUUCCACCAGUGGAUGUACAUGUUCUGAUAUGCGAAUCUACUUAUGGUACAAGGCUACAUGAACCUAGAAAAGAUCGUGAAAAACGCUUUUUAGGUUGUGUACAAUCUAUUUUAUCAAGGCAAGGUAAAUGUUUACUCCCAGUCUUUGCGAUUGGAAGAGCUCAGGAACUAUUGCUGAUACUAGAUGAACAUUGGGCUCAGACUUCAUGCCUACAUAAUAUCCCAAUAUAUUAUGCAUCUCCAAUGUCUGUGAAGUGUAUGAGAGUAUUUGAAACAUAUAUAAAUCAAUGUGGAGACGCAGUUAGAAAACAAGCUGAUAUGGGUAUAAACCCAUUUAAUUUUCAGUUUGUUAAGACAGUCAACUCCAUUUCUGAAAUUAAGGAUGCUAUUUAUAGUGAAGGACCUUGUGUAAUCAUGGCAGCUCCUGGUAUGCUCCAAAAUGGAACUUCUAGAGAUAUAUUUGAAGUUUGGGCACCAGAUAAGCGUAAUGGGGUUAUUCUAACAGGUUAUGCAAUACGAGGAACUCCAGCUUAUGAGUUGAGGAGGGAACCAGAUAUUAUUCAAUUAGGUGAUAAGUUAGUUCCUUUAAAAGCAAAGUUUGAUCAGAUUUCAUUUUCUGCUCAUUCAGAUUUUGCUCAAACUCAGGAGUUUAUAAGCAAUUUGAAAGUUCCAAAUGUUAUUUUAGUGCAUGGAGAAAGAGGAGAAUGCAAAAGGCUUAGAGAUAAACUAACUGAACUUCGUCCAUCUCUAGCUGUUUUUGCUCCUGAAAUUCUUCAAAAAGUAUCUUUAACUUUUCCAAUACAGCUUAACAUAACUGCAGUUGGUAGUAUUGCUGAUACUAUAAAACGAGAACUUAAACAAAAUUCAAUAGAAGAUUCUAUAAAAACUCAUAAGACAGCAGAUAUUGAAGAUGCUUUAGUCAUUGCUCGUCCAUUUGAAUCUACCUUAAUUAUUCAUCCAAAUGAGCUAUUUCAAGUAUUAGGAACUAAGAGAUCUUGUAUAAGACAUACACUUAAAAUAAAUAUUCCAGGUAACUUACAACUUAGUGGUAUUGCCAAAACUUUACAAGGUAUUUUUGAUGACGUACAAUUUGAAGAAAAUUUGAUAACUGUUCAUAAACACUCUAUUUCUCUAUAUAAGGGUGCAGAUUUAGAUUGUUCAAAUUGGGAGCUUCUCAUUGAAUGGAAUUCAAGUUUAAUUAACGAUCUAGUUGCUGAUUCAAUUUCAUUUAUAAUUGUUGACCUUAUUGGAACAAAUCCCACAAAUGAGGUCAUACAACAUGUUCCAGAUGAUCUUCAGGAAUUGCCAGAACAAAGACUAGCCACUUAUGAUGAAAAUAGAUUUUAUAAAAUCCUCAAGGAAUAUCUUUCCUCUAAUUUUGGGCCUUGUAUCCCUGGGAAAGCUCCUCAACAUCAAAAUAAACUUGAGCAUGAACAAAAGGAACAUCAUCAAGAUUUCUAUUUUUAUGCACAUAAACAUGGUAAUGAAUUUAAUGAUGAGCAGUCACGCUCUAUUGCAGUCACAGUACUGUUUAAAGAUAGACAAGUUUUAACUUAUCCAGUAGAUCAACAGAUUCAGGAAUCAGUCAUUAAAGUUAUGCAUAGAGUAGAAGAGACAAUUCUUCCAUUAAAGUGGAGUCCGAAUAAUUAA